GAGCCUGUUCUCCUAAUCAUUAAUUACUAGGGACCAUUCAUGGUCCUCACGUCUCAUAAUAUUUAUUUAUUUUUAAUUAAAUUAUUUAUUUGAAAUCGCUCCAGGGUGAAUCGUUACUGCGUAUAAUUUAAUACCUACUACCUAUAAUAUAAUGUCUGAGAAAGAAGCACCGAUACGUGGUAUGCCUAAAUGUGGACGAUUUUGGAAAACACCUAAAACCAAAUUUUCGUCCAUCAACAAAACAAAGGGUUUAAAAUUGUCUUUUGAACGUAAACAAAAACUUAGAGAAGACAUUAAAAAAACUAGAGAGUUGUCUAGAACCUUGAUAAAUGAAAGAAAUGCAGAAAACGAAGCUAGAAAAGAAAGACGACGUGAAAACAUUAAACGACGUGCAGAAAAUCAAAGAAAAUCCGAAGUUGUUCAAGUGAUUAAGAAUCCUGCCAAAAUCAAGAGAAUGAGGAAAAAAGCAAUGAGACAAAUUGAAAAAAGGGAUACAUUAAAUAUCAAAUAAUAUUUUAAUUUUUGAAAUUUAACUAAUACAUAAGUGUAAUAUAAAAUAUACUAUUUUUUAUUUUAUUAAA